AGUUGAGCAUUUUUGUCAUCUGCAAAUCAUUUUGGUCAAGUGGGAAGUGUAUGGACUGUGGAGUAAGAAGAACCUGCUUCUGCCUCUGGUUCUAGUCUAUAGGAACAAGAGAUUUUUAGUACUAGAAGAAGGAGGUUCCAGGCUUGGGAGAUCAUCACUUCUGGCAGCAGCCUGACCUGAGAUAUCUGACCACAGCUUCCUGGCAGGCCCAGAGAGACAGUGGACAGAGCACAGCCUAGAAUUGCCAUUGUUUCUUCAGAACUUGAGAAAAUGACCAAGGCCCAGGGAUCGUUAUCAUUCGAGGAUGUGGCUGUGGGCUUCACCUGGGAGGAGUGGCAGUUAUUGGAUUCGUCUCAGAAGGACCUCUACAGGGACGUAAUGUUGGAGAACUACAACAACCUAGUGUCAUUAGGAUAUCAAGCUACCAAACCAGAUUCACUCUUCCAGUUGGAGCAAGGAGGACCACCAUGGAUAGCAGAGAGAGCAGCCCAUAAUCCAACCUUUUCAGAAGAAAUAUGGGAGAAUGAUCAUAUGCAGUGGCACCCAGAAAACCAAAACGAGAUUAAAACUUUGGAAAGAUGUCAACAAAGUUAUGCACUUGGAAAUAAUUUUGAUUUUUGCAAAAGUGUUGUUCCUUUAACACAAAGACACAAUAAGUUUGGCUCACAUUGUAAAAAUCUGAAAUCACAUUUAGAUUUUGUUAUCCAGAAUAGAAGAUAUGCAGGAAAGGAUUCUGAUGAGUUUAGUAUCUUUGGGAAAUCAUCUCUCUAUAUCCAGCAUGAUAAAACUAUUACUGGAAUUAAAUACCAUGGAUGUGUUAAACCCAGUAGCACUAAAUCACAGCCCAGGGAUCAUCAAAAAACUUAUCCAGGAGAGAAACCACAUGAAUGCAGUGAGUACGGGAAAGCCUUCUCUAGGAAGGCACAGCUCAUUAGACAUCAGAGAACAGAAAGAGGAGAGAAACCCCAUGGAUGCAAUGAAUGUGGAAAAACAUUCAUGAGGAAGAUUCAGCUCACUGAACAUCAGAGAACUCACACAGGAGAGAAACCCCAUGAAUGUAUCGAGUGUGGAAAAGCCUUUUCCAGAAAGUCACAACUUAUGGUACAUCAGAGAACUCAUACAGGAGAGAAACCCUAUGGAUGUAGCGAAUGUGGGAAAGCCUUCAGCCGGAAGUGCAGACUCAGUAGACAUCAGCGAUCUCAUACCGGAGAGAAACUCUAUGGAUGCACUGUGUGUGGGAAAUCCUUUUCCCAGAAGGCACACCUCAUUGCACAUCAGAGACUUCACACAGGAGAGAAGCCUUAUGAAUGCAAUGAAUGUGGAAGAACCUUCUUUUUUAAGUCAGACCUGACCAAGCAUCAAAGAAUUCAUACAGGAGAGAAACCUUAUGAAUGCAGUGAGUGUGAAAAAGCUUUCAGAAGCAAGUCAAAGCUCAUUCGGCAUCAGCGAACUCAUACCGGAGAGAGACCAUAUGCCUGCAGUGAAUGUGGCAAAGCCUUUGCCCAUAUGUCAGUCCUCAUUAAGCAUAAGAAAACUCAUACAAGAAAGAAAACUAUAUGUUGCAUUACAGCCGAUUCCAAUACCACCCCCCCUGCAUUAGCCUCUGACCCUAUUAGUUAGGAGGGAGUGCCUCGGUAUGACUUGAGGCACGUAAUCUCUCUGAGGAAGUGUCUCGGUAUGAGGCCGGCAAAGCUCCCUCUGGGGAGUGUCUCAGGUGACUGGGACCUAUUGGAAUGAUAAUAGUUAUCUCCCCUGGGAGGACAUGGUAACAAG